AUUAAUACAUGGAACGCAGAUAAAUUACAAAGAUCUAAUAAAAAUUACUCCUUGGCAGCUUCUUUUGCGGCGGCUUUUGCGGCUUUCUUUUCAGCUUUCCUACGUUUUCUCUCCUCCUCAUCUUCUUCACCUUCACCUGCGGCUUCUGAACGUCUACGCUUCUUGUCUUUCUUCUCUUUCUUACGUUGAGCUUCGGCAUCAUCAACUUCCUCAGUCUUCAUUGGUGAAGCUGGCUUUUCAACACUUUCUACCUUAACCUCUUCCUUAACUUCCGCGGUUGGUUCUGGUUGGGUUGGAAUCGUUGUUGAUGUUUGGCUAUAAUCAGUGUAGCCGUUCUUCCAGCUUUCAGGAGUUGCAUCAGUGUGACGACCGAACUUGUCAAGUUGUCCAUCCUUGAUCAUCUUCUUCUUUUGUUGAGCUCUUGGACCGAGACCCCACUUUCUUGGGAACCAGUCACGUUCCAUAAUACAACGCUUGAUCUUUGCUACGACACCGUGGUCGACGGUUGACAAGUCAGCUGUUGACAUUUGCGCAAUACCGACAGCGAUAGCUUCACCCUUUGUUGUCAUAAGGACGACCUCUUCGUUAACUUCAAUGCCAUUUUCAUAUCUUAAUAAACCUGGAAUCAUAAGCUUGGCACCAUAACAGAGGGCGUUUACGGCUGAAUCCUUUACAACGAUUCUCUUGUAGUUAACAAGGAGAGCUUCGAGUGGUCUGAUGACUCUACGUAAGUAAGAUUCGUCUCUGGUGUUGUCGUAAAUCCAUUGAGCGUCGAGAACAUCGUGCAUAGAGACGAUAUCAUCAUCUUCGGACAUGGCACCUGAACGAACACGUCUGAGUUCUUGCAUGUGACCACCAACACCGAGGAGGAGACCUAAGUGAACACACAAGGUACGAAUGUAAGUACCAGCUUCACAUGAAACCCAGAAGACAGCUAAACCACGGUCAUUGUCGAAUUCUAUGAGGUUUGAUUCGUAGAUGGUUCUGAUACGAAGUUGACGCUUGACAGCGGAAAUCAAAGGUGGACGUUGGAAGAGAGCACCUGUGAGUGUUUCGAUAGCACGUGGGAGAGCAGCUGGGUCUUGAAGUUUGUCGUGAAGACGCAAGACAGCAACGUACUCCUUACCAGCACCUUGUUGAGACUUGACGAGACGGGUAGCUCUGUCGAUACAGACGAUGAGACAACCAGUGACCUUAGGAUCGAGGGUACCUGAGUGACCGGUCUUUUCUGUACGCAACAUUCUUCUAAUCCAAGCGACAACUUCGUGUGAGGAAGGGUUUGAAGGUUUGUCAAGGUUAAUGACACCGGAUCUGGGGAGGGUUAGAAGGGUAAUAAGGAAAGCAAAAUGAGCUAUUCAAUUUCAGGUGUGAAAAGAAUCAUCAGAGGAUAAACAGGAAUAGCUCAUUUUGAAGAAGAAAAACUCACUUAAUGUAAGUAACCAAAUCCCUCUUUAAUGUUCUUCAACAACAAUGGCCAUUGUGAAGUAUCCAAUUGAGUUACACCAUCGGAUGGUUUUACUAUAAAAUCCUGCUGUGCUUGGAUGGCUGAUAGCGUAGACAUCAGAUUUUCAACUAAAGCGAGCUCAAGAGAGAGGAAGGCUUUGUAGAGAAGACGACGAGAUAAAAAAAUAAAAAAUGAAAUCGUCUAAAUUAUUAUACAAAUCCUCUAGAAUAGAGGACUAUAAGCAGAUAACGAACUUGUUUAAGAAUUUGUUCAAAUCUACGAAACCUUCAAUUAAACAAUCGAACGAGUUGUUUAAUAGAAAUCUAAAUAGUAAAAACCCUUCCAUAGACACUUUAGUAACGCAUUACAACAACUUGAAGACAUCAUCGAAUAAGGAUUUCCUAGACAACAACAAACUUUCAAAGACUUUGUCUAUCUUAUCUAAACAAAGUUCACCUUUUUUGGAUCAAUUCUGUGAGGAUAUACGCAAUCAUUGGAAGUUGGAACUCUCGAGGCGUGAUUUCCAAUUCAUUAUACAAGCAUACGUAAACCAGCGUAGAAUAAACAAAGCAGUCGAUAUCGUACGCACUUUGGAUAAUCCUUCGCUUGCUAUAUUCUCGGUCCUUCUCACUGGUUGUUCAACCCACAACGACUACAACGCUUAUCAGCGUGUACUAUCAAUUAUGGAAGAGCGCGACAUUAAACCUGACUUACAUAUCUACAACGCACGUUUAAAGUUGGCUUUCCAAUAUCACGAUAUAGAUGUUGUAGAUAGCCUCCUAGAGGAUCUAAAAAUGGAUGGCUAUCAACCAGAUUUAUUUACACACACUAUUCUACUAGAUGGUUAUUCAAGGUUACAUCAAUGGAGUCGAGCAAAUGAAUCUGAAGCUUUUCUUAGAUCGAGUGACACGGACAUAGCAAGCUGGACGUGUAUCCUAUUGGCUACUGGUCGCCAACAUGGUCUUGAAAAAGCAAAGGAAGUCGUUGAUGAGAUAUUUUUAGCAGGUCUAUCACCUAAUGAUAUUGCUUUAUCUCACCUCGUCGGAUUAUCACAAAGGCCUUCAUCAAGCGAAGAUGCGAAGAUUCUCAUAGAUGAUCUCUCUGCAUAUGCUGGUGUUGAACCAGGUAAACACACCUACAGAGCAGCUUUAGAGCAUCUCCUGAUGGUAAACCUUGAUGAAGCUUAUGAAUUCUGUAUCUCUAUUCCAGAUCAACGAUCAUUGGCGGUGACUUUACCACUCAUAACUGCACUUGCGGGUAAUAAAGAUGGUACAGCACUUGAUAAUUUACGCAAAAUGUUAUCAAUUUAUGAUCAACUUGAUCGCGAGCGAUUAGAUACACGUGUAUUAGCUCAUAUGCUUCGAACAUGCGCAAAAGCUGGUGAUGUACAAACAGCAAUUGACAUUCUUGUCGAUAUGAAAACAAAUAGUGUCGAUUUAGAAAGUCAAUUCACAACUUCAUUCAUAGUCACUCUCCUUCACGCUUCAAGUGAUUACUAUCAGGCGUUUAGACUUUAUGCUAACGUCGUUGAUAGUAAAGCAACUCGACUUGAUGCUGCUGGAUUCUCAACUAUCAUUGCAGAAUUUUGUGGUCUCAAAUUCCAAGAUGAAAAUAUCGUACCAGCUGUACUAUUCUCUGAAAUUCUAAACGAUAUGCGUAAAGCUGGUUAUCCCCCAGACUGUAAAACCUACACCAGUUUACUAGAUUAUUACGCUCAUGUGAGGGAUAACAGGAGUAUUGCAAAAAUAGAAACACUCUUGAACGUUGAUAGAUCAAUAAUGCCAGAUAUAUACCUCCAUAAUGCCCUCCUUAAUGCUCAUAAUAGAGUUGGUAAUGGUGGAAAAUGCGUUGAACUCUAUAAUGCACUUUUAUUCUCACGUAGAGCUGAUAACGCGUCUUUAUCAAUAGCAUUAGAUGUAAGCGGUAGUAGGAACACACCCGCUGAUUCAAUCCAUAUUUGGAAUUUAUCAAAGAAAUACAUCAAACCUAAUAGGAAGAAUUGGGAAACUCUCAUAGAAGCCCUUGUUAGAAGAAGAAGGUUUUCAGAUGCUCGUAAUGUCACCUUCAAUAGUGAAGAAUUCAAACCAGAUACCAACGCAAUUGAAAUUUUAUUUAGAAUGACAAGAGCAUCUCGAGAUGAAAAAGAAAUCACAAUUCUUAGGAAUUACUUACUAGAAAACCACAUUGAUGACUACAACGCAAUAAAAAACACAGUCGACAUACCUUGGAAAGAGUAAAUCACACAAUGUACUAUUAAUAUUUAGCAUAUAUAAUAAUAAUGUUUUUGCAUUCAUGAGAAAGAAAAUUAUGUGAAAAUAAAGAAACAUUUUAAAGCUUGUCGUAGAAGUUUUCGAGAGGUGGAACAUCUUCCUUGAGACCCUUACGCUUACGAACGUCCUUGACGAGAGCUUCAAGCUUAGAUCCCUUUUCAAGUGGUGAACCGUUCAUGAGUUCCCAGUGAUCGAAGACAGCUUGUGGGAAAGCUUGACCACCAGUUGCAGCACGGAGAGCACCGUUGAAACCGAAUGACUCCAAGACCGGCAAGUAAGCCUUGACAGUGUACAUUGGAGUACCUGGUCUUUGUUCUUCCCAGUAAACCAUACCACGACGUCUGUUGAGGGUUGAGUAGAUACCACCGAGACAUGUUUCUGGACAUUGGAUUUCGACAGAGUACAUUGGUUCUUGAAGACCUGGGUCAGCUAACAAGUGAGCGGCGUAACAGACACGACGGGUGACUGGAAUAAUUUGACCACCACCACGGUGAAUAGCAUCAGUGUGGAGGGUAACAUCCAAGAUGUUAAAUCUAACACCUCUCAUGUUUUCUUCAGUACAGACACCUUCCUUAGUAACCCAUUGGAAUGCAGCAACACAUGAAUCCUUGAUUUCGUUAAGAUAUUGAACACCCUUGGUGAUAUCGAUCAUAACGUUUGGACCAGUGGUGUCUGGACCGAAACACCAGAUCUUACGAGCAUCAGCAACAUCCCAUCCAUAAGUGUCAGCAAGGUAACGUGCACGAGUCUUUGGAUCAUCUCUUGGAGUGAGCUUGCCGUUUUCGAUGUCACGGGUGAGUUCUUCUUCCAAUGGUUGAGCAGUAACCCAGAGACGGUUGUGCUUGUUUUGUGACUUAGAAAGAGCGGUCAUUGAUGACUCAGCCUUGACGGUUUCACGGUAACCAACGACUGGGUCAGACUUCUUAAGAGCAACACCUGCGUGAUCGUUUUCGAGAUCGUUCAAACAGAUUUCCAAGUGAAGUUCACCAGCACCAGCGACAAUGUGUUCACCAGUUUCAGCGAUCCAGGUUUGAACACAUGGGUCAGACUUGGAGAGACGCUUAAGACCUUCAACAAGCUUUGGAAGAUCGUUGGCGUUCUUAACUUCAACGGCGACUUGGACGACCGGUGAGACAGAGAACUUCAUGACCUUCAUGUUGUGAGCGGUUUCUGAGGUAGUGAGGGUACCAGACUUGAGCAAGAAUUGAUCAACACCGACCAAACCGAUCAAGUUACCAGCUGGACAAUCUUCAAUGGCUUCAACGUUACGACCCAUCAUAAGAACAGUACGUUGGAUGGUCUUAACGAAGAGAUCAUCCUUCUUACCUGGGAUGUAGUUUGGACCUUGGAUACGGAUCUUUGGACCAGAUGAAACGGUACCAGAGAAGACACGACCGAAAGCGUAGAAACGACCCUUGUCAGAUGUUGGAACCAUCUUUGAGACGUAAAGCAUAAGUGGACCCUUUGGAUCACAGUCACGGAUACCAAUAGCUGAUUCGUCAUCGAGUGGACCUUCGUAGAGACCUUCAACACGGUAACGUUGAGCGGUCUUUGGUGAUGGAAGGUUGAUAAC